UAUAACAGUAGACUAUGGGUACAGUAUAACAGUAGACUAUGGGUACAGUAUAACAGUAGACUAUGGGUACAGUACAACAGUAGACUAUGGGUACAGUACAACAGUAGACUAUGGGUACAGUACAACAGUAGACUAUGGGUACAGUACAACAGUAGACUAUGGGUACAGUAUAACAGUAGACUAUGGGUACAGUACAACAGUAGACUAUGGGUACAGUAUAACAUUAGACUAUGGGUACAGUACAACAGUAGACUAUGGGUACAGUAUAACAGUAGACUAUGGGUACAGUACAACAGUAGACUAUGGGUACAGUACAACAGAGACCCAACAGUAUAGUAAAGAACAUAAAGUAUGGACAUUGACUAAUAUAAAAUCCAGAAUGCUGCCUAAUAUUCCCCUGUUAUUGUCCCAACAGUGUUACAGACAAGCAUCACAAGUCUGUGAAAGGCUCGGUCCUAUUCUAGUAAUACAGGACAGUGACGAAACAUAACAUCAUUAAAUCCAGCUGCAUAAUAUGAAUAUUCUCUUAUACUUGACUUGGCCCCUCCUCUAAUUUAGGGUCCGCUAGGACUCCGGUGAACCAAUCCCGCGCCAGCUGCACACGGAGGGAACCCUGCGUGCCCUUUCGGUUGGGAAGAGAGAGAGAGAGAGAGAGAGAGAGAGAGAGAGAGAGAGAGAGAGAGAGGAGGCUCAAACAGCGAGCAGCGGAGGAAAUAACGGACCUGCUUCUUCGCUGGAUAUCUCUCUUCUCAUCCUUAGCGACGCGGAGAAUCAACCCGAGGAAUACUGGUGUUUAAUCAAAACGAAGAAAACGAGUCUAAAUCCCCGCCGAACCCACACGUCUCAACCACAAGAUUCCUGACAGAGUGUGUGAGCGCUACAGUGGACUAGGGGAUCAGUCUUGUGGACUGUGUGUUUGUGAGAAGUCCUUUCUGCAGACAUGGAGACCCAUUUCCUGAUGAGAGUGUUGUGAGUCCGUUGCAGCCCUGUCACGCCCACAGCGUCCCCUCUCGGCCCGGGCGGCCCACCACGGCCCCCUGGCCUCCUCCAUGAAGGGUUACCAGGUCAGCCGCAGCCUGUCCCAGUACUCCUCUGUUGGAGAAGGGGGACACACACCGUGUGACUGCGACCCUGACCCCCGCUCCGUCCGAGACUACGAACACUACGACGGAGCGGGACACCCCUACUACCCCCCCGGGGGUCCCCCGGAGCAUCGUUUCCUCUCCUCCCACUCUGGAGGGGGGACGUUCCCCCGUUCCCACCCCAGCCAUCACCCCGCCCCCCAUCAGUACGACUCAUGCGAGGAGUGUCUGUCCACGGUUGGGGGUCACGUGGCCAAGAUGCACAGCCUGGAUCAGUUUGAGAGGCAGCUUCCUCCUGACGGGUUCCACACCCUGCAGUACCAGAAGAGCGCCAGCGGGGCGGAACAGCGCGGCGAGAGCCCCUCCCGUAUCCGCCACCUGGUUCACUCAGUCCAGAGACUCUUCGCCAAGUCCCACUCCCUCGAGGCGCCGUCGAAGAGGGAAUACAAUGGCACACGAGGAGGAGGGGAUUACCGGGAAAGAGGAGGAGGAGGAGAACCAAGGAGCGGAGGAGAGGAGGGCGUUGGGCAUCAUUAUUCGGGCCACCAGUCCCGCUCGGUGAAGCGCAGCAAGUCUCGCGAGCGCUCCAAGAGCGGAGAUGGGCGCCACGAGUCGUCCGGUCGGCGCCACCGGAACCGAACUGCCGGGUGGUGGAGCUCCGACGACAACCUAGACAGUGACAGCAGCUUUCUGGUAACCGGGGGCAACGCCGGGCCAGGUGGUCGAGGUGGCGGGCGAGGUGGCCACGAGAGUCUGGACGCUGCUAUCCAGGAGCUGACCAUGAAGAAACUGCCCAAGCAGGGGAGUGUACCACCAGGGCCCGGACCGGGGGAGUGCAUGGCCUGUACCACUCUGGCCCUGGCAGGAGGGGAGGGUGGCGGAGGGGGAGUGGCAGGGUACCAUGGAGGGCCAGGUCAACACUCUCUGAAGAGGAGCACGUGGUCGGCCAUGACGGUCAGCCAGGCUAGAGAGGUGUACCCAUCGUCUGUUCGGGGAGGAGGAGGAGGAGGAGGAGGAGGAGGCUAUGACAAGGCCUUGGUGCCUCUGGAGAACAAACUGAAGGAGAGGACCUCUCACUACCUACAGGUCCCGUCAGACGGGGUGGAGUGGGCUGGGCUUGGGGGCUACCCAGGAGGGGGUGGUCCUGACGGAGGGGGAGAGAUCCCCUGCAGGCGCAUGCGUAGUGGCAGCUACGUCAAGGCCAUGGGAGACGACGAUAGUCAGGACUCUGACGCCAGUCCUAAAACCUCUCCUAAAACCACCAUCAUCGCCCAGAGAGAGGCCUUCAGACGCUCUGUCAGCAUGGACCACAGAUACUCGUGUAAGCAGUGUGUAGAUGCUACGCUACCAUAUGCUCACAACGUGAGCACGCCGAAGAGUCACGCACGCUCUCGGAGCUACACGCGGUCUCUGACCAGCUCACAGCUGGGUGACUCUCUGAAUCGUCAGUUUGAGGCGGUGUGUGAGACCAUGUUUGGAGAGAUAGAGAGUCAGGCGGUGGAAGCCUUGGAUCUGCCUGGCUGCUUCCGGACCCGUUCCCAUAGUUACGUCCGCGCCAUCCAGGCCGGCUGUUCCCAAGACGAUGACUGCCUGUCCGUCUUCUCCAUGUCAGGACCCAGCAUCAAGGGAGGGGUUGUCAUCCCAUACCGUAAGGCUGGCCCUCCCCCUCUCCCUCCCCGUAUGUCUAAGCCUACGAUCUCUGUGAGGGCUCAGAGCAGUACAGAGUCUACCCAGGAUGCCUACUUCCAGAACACAGGCCAGCCUGCCCUGGGACGGCCCAGACAACACCAGAGCAGCUCUGUGGAUCUGGGAAUCACUGAUGUUGCGGUGUCUGGUCAGACCUCCAGGGGAUCCAGGGAAGGAGGUUACUACACAGGACCAGGACAAGGCCGCUCCCGCCAGCACUCCAACUCUGCCGAGAGCCUGGAUGGGGGCCCCCGGUGGGGCAGGGAGCUUGUACUCUAUGGAGGAGGAGGACAAGGGCCCCCCAGAGUAAAACACAGCGGCUCCGCUGAUAGUCUCUUGGAGGGGCCCCGGGGAAAGGAGAGAGGGGAGAGGGAUGUGGGACGGGCAGGGGCAAGUCUGGGGAAGUCUGCCUCCCUCCCACAGAACAGCAUGAUGCUGAGCAAGAUGGGAGGAGGAGGAGGAGGAAGAGGAGGAGGACAGGAGGAGAACAAGACAGAGAGAAGAGGCAGGAAUUGGAGGCCGUCUAUCGCUGUACAGGUGGACAGCUCGGAGACCCUGUCAGACUCAGAUCUGGAUGGCAAGGCUCUGAGAGAGGUUCACUCUAUAGGGGUUCAGGUGGAGGAGGACAAGAGACGUGCUCGGUUCAAGCGCUCCAACAGUGUGACGGCCAGCGUCCAGGCAGACCUGGACCCAGAGGGGGGUUACCCAGGCCUCACCUUCGCUGUUCCUACCCAGGAUAAGAGCCUCCAGUUCGGCUGCUCCUUCCAGAGACACUCCUCAGAGCCAGAGUCAGCCGACCAGUACGCAGAGUACCACCGCACGGUGCACACCCAGGGCCAGUGGGCCUACAGAGAAGACUAUGUCCAGGAUGGUUACGCUACAGACAACCACCAGAUCCCCCCCCUGCCCCCGCGGGCCCACUCCCCUCUACCCCUCGCAGCGGACCGUGGUGGCUGGAUAGGCACACCCCAGCCCUCGCUGGAGGGGGGUCUCCGUAGUCUACCUGAUUCCGGUCGCGCCUCGCCCUGUCCGAGAGACGGAGAGUUCUUCCUACGCCUCCUUCAGACGGAGGUGGAGAGGAUGGAGGGAUGGUGUCAGAACAUGGAGAGAGAGGCGGAGGAGAACGAGCUGCCGGAGGAGGUUCUGGAGCUGAUCCGUAAUGCGGUGGGCAGUGCCCAGAUGCUCAUGACCCAGAAGGUCCAGCAGUUCUUCCGUCUGUGCCAGCAAAGCGUGGACCCCUCGGCGUACCCCCAGCCCACCUCUCAGGACCUGUCCGGGCUCUGGGACCUGCUCCAGCUCAACGUGGAAGACGUCAAGGGCAAGUUCCAGCACCUCCAGAGGCUCAAGGACUCCGGCUGGAGGCUUCCCCCAGACAAGAAAGAUGACAAGAAGCUUCCUCCCCCACUACCAAAGAAGCCAGCUGGGGGGGUGAGCGGCAGUCUCCGUGCCGACAGCGUCAGCGACCUCUCAGUGGAACGAGGGGUAGGAGGAGGCGGAGGGGUGCUGGUGAUGCCCCGUAGCGGGGGUGUGGGACGGGCCGUGCCUGUCCGGGAGAAGUCCUUAGACCUGGGGGACAGACAGAGGACGGAAGCACGCAGGAGACUGCUCCAGACCAAGAGGUCCUCUUCCUUCAGACAGAACUCAGCCACGGAGAGCGCAGACAGCAUCGAGAUCUACAUCCCAGAGGCUCAGACCCGGCUCUGAACAUGGAGAUACAGCCCUUUAUCCCAGUGAACAGAUCCGACUCGGACUCGACUUAGACCAACUACAAGGGUGGAGAUUUACAACCCGAGGCUCCGACACUGAACAUGGACAUAUAAGGAGACCCUUAUCAGACUUCAAUCCUACCCUACAAGAACUUGAGAUCAACAGAUCUGACUCUGAACACUGGGACCGUCUAAACGUGGCCCUAUAACCUCCUAUCCGACCACUAGACUACCCUAGAUCAAGAACAACCCUUCCCAAGUCCCAUACACUGAACCCCCUCUAUGACGAUGUUGACCAGGGGUGGGCAACUCCAGUCCUCCAGGACACGAUUGGUUUCACACUUUUUCCCCAUCCCUAGAAAACACAGCUGAUGAAUCAAAUGUCAUUCUAAACCCGAAGAUCACGAUUCGGUGAUUAUUGAAGUCAGGUUUGUUAGCUGGGGCAAAACGGUGACACCAAUCAGACACACCCGAGGAUUGGAAUUACUCACCACCUGAUAUAGAGCCAUAUCAAAUGUCUCAUCCCUUCAGUUCUGACCUGCAUCUCUCUGCGUAUACUGGGUCCCGUCAUCAUGCCAUUCCAGGACAUGGCAAGACAGAAGGAGGAGUGAACACGAGGCGACAGCGGCCAUUUUGUGGAAUGUGGAGCCAAAAUGGAGGCCACAGGAUCAUAGUUGGCUCCACUCGCAUUUCUUCUCAUCUUUUUUUUGUCAGAAAUAAAAAUGGAGAGAUGGAGGGUUUUGUUUUAAUUCGGGGGAGGGGGGGUUAUAGAGUUAUAGAAAGAAGUAUCACUCUUGUUAAGUCAGUGGAAUGUGUAGACAAGCAGCAGUAGCAUGUCUGCGCUUACCUGUUCACCUAGCGUAGCCUAGCUUGGUUUAGCCUAGCCUCCAUCCUCACAGGAAAUAAGGGCUUCCCCGGGACAAACCUCAACCACUCCUGUGGGCAAAGAGCAGAUGAUAUCUCAAAAUGGAUGCUCAGCUCAACAUCACAUCAAGGCUCUAAGGUAUUCUCAAUAUACAACUAGCUACUGUUCAACACCAUUUGGCUCGUUGGCUACAUCCUCUGAAGACUCUGUAAUACACCCUCACCCAACCUUCAACUACGGACGGCAUUCAACCUACAUGCCUCCCACACAAGACCCAGUCUACACUCAUUCAUCUAAGACUAUAUUCUCUCUCCCAACUCUUUCCUCUUUUGACCGAGCAUCCGUCCCUCUAUCCAGCUGUCUGGGUAGUAUACUAAACUGUUUGAAGUGUGUGUGUGUUUUUUUGUUGUACAUAGUGUGAUGCUGUACGCCCAGAGGGAAGCUUUGUGGUGUUUCACUGCUUUUUACUUUACAGCCGGAGAACAUCACAAACAAAACAUCCGGAAGCUGUUUGCUUUUUAGAUAUUCCUUCUGAAGUGUAAAGGGUUUGGCGGUGGGGUGAUGGUGAUGGUAUGAUUUCUUCUGUUGAGCUGUGUUUUAUUUAUUUAUUUAUUUCACCUUUAUUUAACCAGGUAGGCAAGUUGAGAACAAGUUCUCAUUUACAAUUGCGACCUGGCCAAGUUAAAGCAAAGCAGUUCGACAGAUACAACGACACAGAGUUACACAUGGAGUAAAACAAACAUACAGUCAAUAAUACAAUAUAAACAAGUCUAUAUACAAUGUGAGCAAAUUAGGUGAGAAGGGAGGUAAAGGCAAAAAAAAGGCCAUGGUGGCAAAGUAAAUACAAUAUAGCAAGUAAAACACUGGAAUGGUAGUUUUGCAAUGGAAGAAUGUGCAAAGUAAAAAUAAAAAUAAUGGGGUGCAAAGGAGCAAAAUAAAUAAAUAAAUUAAAUACAGUUGGGAAAGAGGUAGUUGUUUGGGCUAAAUUAUAGGUGGGCUAUGUACAGGUGCAGUAAUCUGUAAGAUGCUCUGACAGUUGGUGCUUAAAGCUAGUGAGGGAGAUUUGAGUUGAGGUGAGUUUUGAAGCAUAUUGAUGUGUCACAAAGGGACCCAUUUUGUCCGUGAGACAUUGGCAUCCCCUGGUGGCCAAAUGAGGAUUCACCGAAUCAUUUUGGGGGAUGUGUAGGCCCCAUAAAAAUGGAACACGAUGUAGCAAAAAGGUCAAUACACUUUUCGAUAUCUUCUAGCAAUUUCCAACAUAAACUUGGACAAGUGAUCAACGACUAAAAGGCUUUUUCAAGGUAUUUAGACCGGAUCAACAACGGAAAAAUGGCCUGUGAAUCCGAGCCAAGGGCCCCAGACGAUCUGCCUCCUGUCUGUCUGCCUCCUGUCUGCCUCCAGUCUGUCUGCCUCCUGUCUGCCUCCUCCUCCCUCUAUGUAACUCUUCAGGGGUGGCGAAGACAAUCCCCCAAUUCCACACCCCUCUGGCUGAGAGAAGGAUGAUCGCUUUGUUAAGUUC